UGGCAACAAAUAAGUAUAAAUACAAUAAAAACAACAAAAAACUAUAAUGAUGUAUAUUAAUAAUUUCCGUACAAGAGAUGUGUAAAAGGGAGAUAAUAAUGUAACACUGCUGCAUUGAACAACAAAACAAAAACAAUGAUAUCUGAGAGGAGGGGAGAAGACGGAGAAAAGGAACUGCGCCUGCGCGGAAGAACACUGAACAACAAAGUUGAACGUCAGCAGGAUUACCCCGACCAAGAUUUGGGUUGAUACUCUCACACUGACAGCAUCAUGGAGGAGGAGGAGGCCCCCGUAGAUGGCGAAAUGGCCCCCAAUUCUGCAGAGACCUACGCUGCUCAGGCCAUGGCUGCAGACAUGGACCCCUGGAUUGUGUUUGACUCGAGGAGAACUCCCAGAUCCGAGUUCGAUGGCUGGCUGGAGAGUAACAGGCCUUCAAAAGUGCCCAGGUAUGGUAAUGAGGAAGGUGGUAUGGGCCCCGUGGGGUGGAUUGCUGUGCGGGGCCCGACCUACUCUCCAGACAGUGGGGAUGUCGACGGUCUCCAGGAGGGCUGGGAGCAACUUUUGGCCAGUGGCCGGUCUGUAAGCUUCCAGACAGUGAAGGAGCUGGCCCUGAACUACGGAGUUCUCUCGGGCAAAUGGCUGAUGCACUUGGACUCUGGUUUCAAGCUGGACAAUGCGUGGGAGUGCGUGGCCAGAGCAGCCCUGGAUGGCAAGGUCUGGACAUGUAAAGUCAGUACCUAUGACCCCAAGGGAGAGUGCAAGCAGGUCAUUUGUGCCUACAAUGAGAACUUCACCGACGAGAGCGAGAUUAUUAGGCUGGACUCUGUUAUUCGCGCUACAGGGGUCAAAUGCCCUCUCACCUACAAGCCGGAUGUGUACACGUACCUGGGAAUCUACCGAAACAACCGCUGGAAGCUUUGCCCAACCAUUUAUGAGAGCAAAUUUAACCUGGAGUGCGUACCUAGACGUUCCCACAUCAUCAACAGAGUCACCAAUCUUGAAGUAACAUAAGCCUAAACAAGAGAUUAAUGAGGCAUUUAUUUCUGUGAUCUGUGUUUCAUUGACUGAAAUAUCUCAAGUUCUUUUUUGGCAAAAAAAAAAGAAGCACUAAAUCUUAUUUCAGUUUUGUCUUCUCAUGCUGUUAUUUUUCAAAGUGACCUGAAAUAUUGUCACACUUUAUUUUUUUAAUUGAAUAUAUUCAUGAUGAAUAAGAAUAUUCUGUAUGUGUUCUUGAGAUUCUGUUUGUAACACACUAAUACUUACGUGACAGGGUCGCUGUAGAAAUCCUUGAUUUGUACGCACUUGGUUCAGAUGAGAAUUUGCAUCCAAUGAAGCAUUUCUUUUUCACAACAUACAUUUUGUAUAAUUUAUUCUUUCAUUUGUACUAAACAACAAUUACAGAGUUGCCAAAUAAAAUCUACUUUUGAUGACCAUUUUUCCACUGUAUGUUGUGAUUUUAUUUCCAAGAAGUGUUUUGGAUUUUGACAAAUUAUUUGUUACAAGCAAAAAUCGCAUAUCGUAUAGUAUAAUCUGCAUACAGUCACACCAGUAUAAAACAGUACAGUUUUAUCUUAAAGCGUUUUUUUUUUUUUACUACAAAGUAUAGCAAAUUGACCUUCAGGUCUGAGACUGGAGUUAGACUGCAGCCAU